GUUCUUAUAUCCUAUUGAGUAAAAUUGUAACUUUCAGGUAUCAUCGGUCUGAUUCCAACUACAAGAAGUAAAAUAUUCAGUUUAUAAACAUGAAGAUAUACUUCUUAUAUACUUCUUUUACUACAUGCAAUUAUUGUCGAUACAUAUUUAUACAUACCUAUUGGACGAUACUAUAGGUAUACAUACUAAAUAUUUAGUUCAUAAAGAUUUAUUCAGAAAAAUUAAAAUGGCGCCGAUUGUUCAUAAAUUUUCAUCCGAUGAGUGAAUCUAGAAUUAAAACCUUUUUUUUUUCUAAUAAAAAACUUUGAGUUAAUUAUGAAAAGUCGAUUCAAAUAAUGUUAAAGUUCUUUAGGACGCGUAUGUCAUGGUGAAAUACUGAAAUAAAUUUAAUAUUUACUAAAAGAAAAUUAUUCAAUAAAUUGAAUCUCUCAUAUAAAAUUUAUUGUUAGCUCUAGUGGAUCUGGAUUUUUGCAUUAAUCAUAUUAUUAAAACAAUUAUUUAAUCAAGUGAAAAAAUAAUUAAAUUAAUAAGAUAAUUUCAAAAAAAAAUAAAAAAUGGAUCACGAACGAGGACAAAAUGAACAAAUUAUUGCUGGUAUAGAGAAAAUAGAAACAAUAUCAGAUAAUUCACUGCCUGAUAUUGCAAAUAUGAAUAUAAAAUCGCUUAUCAAUAAAAAAACUCAAGAUUUUAGUGAAGAACCUCUCACCAAUGGAUUACACAAUGGAACUAGUCAUUUAAAUAAAUUAGAUAAAGAAGAAGUAGCGUGUGUAGAUAGUAAAGACAAUGACAUAGAGUACGUUAGUUAUACAAAUGAACUUCAAAUGCCCGAUAUUAUGAAGUUAAUUCAAAAAGACCUAAGUGAGCCAUACUCCAUUUAUACCUAUAGAUAUUUUAUUCAUAAUUGGCCCAAACUUUGCUUUUUGGCAAUGCAUGGCAAAGAAUGUGUAGGCGCAAUUGUCUGUAAACUUGAUAUUCAUCGAAAAGUUAUAAAACGUGGUUACAUCGCAAUGUUAGCUGUAGAUAUAAAAUAUAGAAAACGUAAGAUAGGCUCAAACCUAGUAAGGAAAGCUAUUCGGGCGAUGGUUGAAGAUGAUGCUGAUGAAGUCGUUCUGGAAACCGAAAUAACAAAUCGAUCAGCUUUACGACUCUAUGAAAAUCUUGGUUUUGUCAGAGAUAAAAGACUAUUUCGGUAUUAUCUAAAUGGUGUAGAUGCAUUAAGACUUAAACUUUGGCUAAGAUGAAAGUUAUUCGAGUAUUCGUGUCAAUAAGAUGUUAAUGCGAAUAUUAAAGGGAUUAGUUUAUAAUAAUAAUUAUUGUUACUCUUACAUUAUAUCAAAAUUUAAUUCAUGAAUACGACGUUAACAUAAACAUUUAGUUAUUUUCAUAAAUUUUAAUAUAAACUUUAUUUAACUUCAAAUAUAUUUUUACUAGCUUUUCCGAAUGCUUCCAAAUCCCGUCCGCUUGACAAAAAAUUAUAUUUUUCUUAAUUUAAAUUUAGAACUAAUCAUUUUAAUUACAAGAAAUUAUACUGGUGUUUAUAUUGUAUUAAAUGUACAUCUGAAAAAUAAUUCAUUGCAGCUUAAAGACAAAUAAAAAUGGAAAUCUUAGAAAUAUAAAUAAAUGUUUACAGAAAUGGUCAUAACAGUAUAAUAAAUUUUUAAAGGCCAUAUUAAAAAUACUGACACGCGUUUUUCUGUAUUGAAGCUAUGUUUAAUUAUAACAUUGUACAAUAUUAUUUAUCAAAUUACAAAGUUGUAAAAAUGGCAAAAGUUUUUUACAAAAAAAAAAAAAAACAAUUUUUGCUUAUAUAAUUUUUACAGUGUUUUAAUCAAUUUUUCUUGUAUUUGAUGAUUUUAAACGUUUGAGAAAAGUGCUAGAAAGUGGAGAGUUUCGGUUUAGCCAACUUUUAAAAUUAUUAAUUAUAUAUCAUAAUAAUACUUUUGUAAAAAAUAAUACUUAUGUAAAAAAUUUACUGAGCUCAAAAUUUUAUGCAAAAAGUUAUCUUAAAUCAAUUUUUAAAGUUGACUUCAUCAUUGUAUAAAUUGACAUAAUUUUAAUGGUUGUAUACAUAUUUUUCGAUAUUUUGACAGUUCGUGGUUGUUGUAAUACCGAAUUCUUAAAGUUUGAAAAUUACUUAUAUUAGUAUUAUCUUAUAACAUUAAGCUCAGCUUUAUCUGCAUGUGAAAACGUUAAAAAAAAUUUGUUAUGUCUUUAAUCUAAACAAAUUUAUUAAUUUUCAAAUUUUAAUAAACUAAAAUUUUCCCCUUUCUACUACUUAACAAUAUUUGUUGAGGAGAAAUCAGAUGAAAUUAAUGAAUUGUUUAAAGUUAAAAUUUUGUUGAAUAAUCAUUUAAAUUAAUUUCUGUCAAUUCAUUUUUUUGAUGCAAAGUAACAGACAUGACUUACGCAUUGUCAAAGAAUUAUAAUUUAAUAUAUUAAGUUUUUUUACUCUACGUAUUGUAUUAAUAAAUAAUUCGAUAAAGUUGAACAUAGCAUUGGAAGUAAAAUUAUCUUAUCGUCAUUAUCAUUAUUGAAAAUUGUAGUAAGCAAAAUAAAUACAACAAAGAAUAUGAGUGUAAUGUAUAAAUUAUAUUAAAAAUAAAAAUACAUAACUGUUUUAACAUGUUGAUCAUUUUUAAAAAUUAUUGGUAAAAAAUUAGUUAACUUGCUUGAUACGUACAUAUGUAAAAAUUCAGGAUAUACUAUUCUCGAAAUAAAACUUGUAAUUAUAUAGCAUUUGAACAAAAAUAAAUAAUUGUAUUUUUGUUUAAAUAUAUUUUUAUGCGGAAAAAAUUAGUAAAAAAUAUCAAUAUAGUAAUUAUUGUCUCAAUAAAAUAUCAAACCAUAUAAAAAAUAAUUUUUAUUUUAUUUAAAAAUGUAAAAACUUAAGUCGAUACGGAAUAAAAUCAUUGAUUAAAUGAUUAAUUUGUAAA